AUGGCACGCACCAUCCGACUAAAAUUCCCUACUCCUGCGCCAACUCGGGCAACCAAGAGCCGGGAGUCUCCUGUGAGCGAUCUAUCCUCACUGGACCUCUCGGAUGACGACGGCUACUCAGCCGUCGAGGAGAUCUCCGAGUCUGAGGACGAUGACGAGGAACAUGUAGUGGCGGCCGAGGAGGAGCACAUCAUCUCUGCCGUAUCGCGGAGGCGAUCGGGCUCUUCUCGGCCCCCCAUUGAGGACGAUGAAUCAGAGGAUGCCGACGAGGAAAGCGAGGCUGAAAACAGUGACGAUGACGCUGAGUCAGACAACGACAAUGCUGCAGAUGAUGAUGAGGUGAGCUGGAAUGGCAUCUCGUCCGAUCUUGACGAGGAGGAGGCCGGGGAUGACGAGACUGCCGUCCCCCAGCCCGAGCCCCCUGUCGAGCGUCACGUCCGUUUUGCCGGCGUACCCGACAGCGACUCGGAUUCGACGACAAGUGAGACCUCUGACAGUAUUAAUGACUUUUUCCCCGACAUCUUUGUCGAGCAGAGUGCCCUAGAUCCCGCCUUCCGGCGCGAGAUCGAGCAGGACGACGAGACGUCGUCUAACAGUUCCUUCUGGGACUUCCAGGGCUCGCACGAGUGGGCCUCUGCCGACACGGAUGACGAGUUUCCGGCUGCCAGAGACUCUGACAUGACGCCCAUGGCGACACCGAGGCCUAGCCAGCCUCCCACUGAAGUGUCGACGCCCGUCGGUGCCGGUGCCACUACUGAAGUGCAGGAAUCCGACGGUUAUGAGACCGAUGGCGACACUACCGAGGAAGAGCCGGAGCCCGUCCUCCGCAGAAGACCGGGCGGUGUUCGCAGGGUGCCCUCGAUCGACUCAUCCUCCGAGUCUGAGACCGAGACGCCCAUCCGCACGAACCCAGGCAAACCGCGCGUAGGUCGCUUCAAUCUCAACAGGUCCGAUAAGAAGCCCAUUGGCGUCGUCGAUCCCACGACUGGCAAGAUGAUAAUCUUCACCCCGCGCCGUCAAAACCAGCUGGAUCUCUCGCCCGAGUCCUUGCAGGUCGACUUCACGCGUGCCGAUCUGAAUGCCUCGCCACUGGUCCGGAACCCCGGCUUUAUCAUGAUGGGCGCCAUGGUCUCAUCCAAUACCUUUGGCGACUUCAUGAACAUGCAACCGUAUGGCCCUGCCGAGGCCUUCUUCCCGACCUCGGAUGCAUUGACUGGGGAAGAUAGCGACGACUCAUAUCUUGCAGAUCUCCAGGAGGAAGACGAAGACGAGAGCAUGCUCAAGCUCGAGGACUUUAUUACCUUUGGCGAGACCUCAUCCGACGACGAAGCUGCCAGAACCGAUGACUGGAACGAUGACCUGGAGUCGAGCCCCACCCGAGCCAAGUUGGAGAACAAGUCGACCAGCGAGACUGAUGCCGCCUCCUCGGCCGCCCAUAAGCUCCUCACUCACUUCGAUCAGAACCCGGAUGCCGUCGGCGCCUUCCGCAGGAACCAGAUUAACCAACAGCUCAUCUACAGCGACAAGGCCAGCCAGGAGUCUCUGGCCUUCUCAGGCCCGUACCACUAUGGUACCCUCAGGGGCAUCAAGUCCGGCAGCAUGGAGGCCGUCACCGCGCCCAUCACGCCCAUCCGCAGGCAAAAACGCAGCAUGGUAGGACCUAUAUUCGCCUUCUCCGACUUUGUUCAGCAGAGCAGCCCGCUCAACAUGUACUCAUCACAGAAGAGGAAGGCUUCGCAUCUCCACGAUGGAAACCCGCACAAGCGGUACCGGAGUAUUUCGGACAUGGAGGUCCUUGGCAUCUAA